ACGUGCGGCACCGUUCCUCUCCGCCCUGACAGUCACUGACAGCUUAACAGCAGUAGAGUCACAUACAGGACUAAGACGAAGAGCAACACAGUUAAAAUGAAGGAAAACAGUUUGUCUCGAAUUUUCAUUAUUAUCGUGUGUGCUGUGGUUUUUAUUGCCGUUUUGGUCGUUAACGCUUUGGCCGGAGCGGGCAAAGGACCUUUCCAUUCCAGUACUGGUAAUGUGUCAGCCCGCUAUGAGACAGACAUCACUCCAGCUGGCUGGACCUUCUCUAUCUGGGGUGUUAUCUAUACCUGGCUCACCCUGAUGGUCAUAUACAUCACCACAUAUGUAUUCAGAGGAUCCUGGGCUCAGUGUCUACUGCCCUGUGCCUUCUAUUUUUGCUGGCUGUCCAAUAUGGGAUUGAACAUGACAUGGCUGCUGCUGUGGGACAGACAGUUGAUGCUGGCAGCUCUGGUUGUUUUAAUCCUGAUAACGCUAACCAACUACAGUGCAUUGUUCUUCUGUUGCUUUGCCACAGAUUACUAUGGACUCUGGUUAAAGACAUACCACCGCAUAGACCUGGCUUGUCUCCACAUACUGGUCCAGAACGGCUUGGCUGUCUACACUACAUGGACCUCCAUCGCCUCUCUGAUCAACUUCUCAUUGGUUCUCCACCUGUGGGGUGUGGACAGGAACACAGCAGCAACUGCCUCUCUCUGCAUCUUGUUUGCUGAAGUGGUGGGAUGGUUCAUCCUUGAGAACUGGGUGCUGGACCGUUGGGUGCGUAACAUCCUGACAGUCUACCCUGUGGUGAUUGUGGCGCUGGUUGGAAACAUCUUCAAGCAUUUUAACCCAGAUGAUCCCACUCCAAACUCUGUGUUUAUGGUGGUACUGCUGGUGCUGGCAUGUAUCCUGCUGAUUUCCAGAGUCUUCACGGUCAUCUGGAGGAACCAGUGGCGGCCUCUCUACUCCCCAGGCUCAGCACGGCUCAUGGUAUCACCUCUCGACGGCAGCAAGUUCAGGGUCUUCACUUAAACAGUUGGAGCUUCAACACUGCCAUCUGUUCCACUGCAGGCCAUCGACUCUCAUCCCAGAGACACACUGAGUUUAUAUUCACACAAGCCACUGCAGUGUUCACUGGGAAAAACUGCCAGUUUUAAGAUGGAGCUUACAGCUAAGUGCUGAUCCAGUCGUAGAUGUGUAACGGGAGGACAGGAAACCUCUCCUAUUGUCUUCUCUCCUCUCAAACUUUAAGAAAAUGCAACAGUGCUUUCACAUCUGAUACACAUUCUAACUACUUUGACUGUUUACCACUACUUUGAUUAAUAUUGUUUAAAGUACUUUUAUACAGACACAGGCAUGUGACUUAAUUAUCAGAUUUUGUUUUACUGUUUUUAUUUUGGCAAUUAUGGAUUAUAUAUUUUGUAUCUCUACAGUGGCAGUAGACUAUAGGCUCUCUAUAGAUGUUGGCUUUUUGUCAAUACCAUUUGACCAAGAUCAUCUUUUUUUUUAAUUCACUUUAAAAAAAGCUUUGUUGAAUUCACUCUAAUUUGCUGAUUAAAGCAUUCUGUUUUCCUAAA